UCAGACGGGACGAGGAGGCUUGACCGCCCACCCGCCCCAUUGACGCCUCCACAAUACUACACAUACCGGCAUCAUCAUCAUGAUCAUCUUGUGCAUGUCCAGUUGAGCUGGUGUGGUAGCAAUUGGGUAUACAAAUAUCCCCUCGACCUUCCCUCUUCACUCCAACUUUGCUUUCACUGUCCGCCCACUCGUUGAUCCCCAACCAUUCGCCAGCCGGUAGACAUCCAGGUAUCUAAGGCAGUUGUAUUGACAAGUCAACUGCGCCGACAAACUCACUACAGUUUCACAGCCGCUCACCCACUGCUCAAAUCUCGUCCACCGACUAUUACCCGUUAGGUCACCCUUUGCUCCUCGUGUUCAUUUGAAGCGAAGCUCUUUCGGGGCGCCCGCUACCCAGAAUGUGGCUUACUGCGACGGCUGUGGCGGCCAUCGUCGCUCUUGUUCCCCAGGUCUUGGCCUCUCCUGUCGAGCCUGCCGAUACACUCAACAAACGUCAAGCCGCGCAACCAUUCAACAACGACUACAAUGGACCUCAAUUCACCUCACCCCCAAGUUAUCCCUCGCCCUGGGGUUCCGGAGCUGGAGAUUGGGCUGCGGCAUACGAGAAAGCGCGUGCUUUCGUUAGCCAGCUGACCCUGCUUGAGAAGGUCAACCUCACCACCGGUGUUGGAUGGGAAAGCGAGCGAUGUGUCGGAAAUGUCGGUGAAAUCCCUAGACUUGGGUUCCCCAGUCUUUGUAUGCAAGACAGCCCCCUUGGUGUCAGAAACGCCGACUAUGUCUCCGCGUUCCCCGCUGGUCUGAAUGUUGCUGCAACGUGGGAUCGUAAUCUGGCUCGGGCCCGCGGUGUUGCAAUGGGCGAAGAGCACAGAGGCAAAGGCGUCGACGUCCAAUUGGGACCCGUUUGCGGCCCUCUGGGUCGAUCGCCCGAAGGCGGUAGAAAUUGGGAAGGGUUUAGCCCCGAUCCAUAUCUGACUGGUGCUCUGAUCGCACCUACGAUUCAAGGCAUUCAGAGUGCAGGUGUCAUUGCAUGCACCAAGCACUACAUCCUCAACGAACAGGAACACUUUCGCCAGGUUGGUGAAUCUCGGGGCUAUGGGUACAACAUUACGGCCACCAUUAGCUCCAACCUCGACGACAAGACCAUGCACGAGCUCUACCUGUGGCCUUUUGCCGACGCUGUGAGAGCCGGUACUGGAUCAGUCAUGUGCUCCUACAACCAGAUCAAUAACUCAUAUGGGUGCUCCAACUCUUACACUCUGAAUCACCUCCUGAAGAAUGAACUCAACUUCCAAGGCUUCAUCAUGUCAGACUGGCAAGCUCAACAUUCAGGUGUGGGCACUGCUUUGGCUGGACUUGAUAUGUCCAUGCCGGGCGAUACAGUGUUCAACACUGGGCUAACUUUCUGGGGCACCAACCUAACCAUUGCCGUGCUCAACGGAACCAUUCCUGAAUGGCGCGUGGACGAUAUGGCGACUAGGAUCAUGGCCGCUUAUUACUAUGUUGGUCGUGACACCCAUUAUGUCCCCACCAAUUUCUACUCCUGGAGCUCGAAAACAAUCGACAAGAUCCAUGCUGCGGACCCGCAAUCUCCACUUGGCCUUGUCAAUGAGCACGUCAAUGUCCAAGACGAGCAUCGCAAUGUCAUCAGACAAGUUGCUCAAUCUUCCAACGUACUUCUCAAGAAUACUGGCGGACUUCCUCUCACUGGCAAGGAGAGACAGGUUGGCAUCUUCGGAUACGAUGCCGGCAGCAACCCAUGGGGUGCAAACGGCUGCCCCAAUCGUAACUGCGAUAACGGUACUCUGGCGAUGGGUUAUGGCAGUGGUACAGCUGAAUUUCCUUACUUGGUCACGCCAGAGCAAGCCAUCCAGCAAUAUGUCCUGACUCAGACUGACGGCGAAGUGUUUGCCAUCCUUGACAACUAUGCCGAUAGUCAGAUUCAGGGGCUUGCUACCACGGCAGACGUUGCUAUUGUCUUCGCCAACGCUGAUUCGGGAGAAGGUUUCAUCACCAUCGACGGGAAUACUGGCGACCGCAACAAUCUAACACUCUGGGGCUCCGGCGAUCGACUGAUCAAGAACGUGACCUCAUACUGCACCAAUACAAUCGUUGUGCUGCAUACUGUCGGCCCCGUCAACGUCUCUUCCUGGUACGACAAUGAGAACGUCACCGGCAUCAUUUUCGCUGGUCUUCCUGGUCAGGAAAGUGGCAAUGCGAUCGUGGACGUGCUCUAUGGUCUCGUCAAUCCCGGCGGCAAGCUCCCUUUCACAAUAGCUCGCAACCGUGCAGAUUACGGAACCGAUGUCAUUUACGAACCGAACAACGGACAGUUCGGCGCUCCCCAAGACACAUUCUCCGAAGGGGUCUUCAUCGAAUAUCGAUACCUUGACGCACACAAUAUUACACCCAUCUACGAGUUCGGUUUUGGGUUGAGCUAUACCACCUUUGAGUACUCCAACUUGGUCAUUACUCCUGGCAAUGCAGCACCAUAUACUCCCGCUACUGGACAAACGGGACCAGCUCCGGUCCUCGGCAACUUCAGCACAAACCCUGCCGACUAUUUGUUCCCGAAUGCCACCAUUCCAUAUCGUCCCUACUUGUACAUCUACCCAUACCUCAACUCGACAGACCUCGAAGCAUCCGCUGACGACCCUGACUAUGGCCUUCCUGCAGAUCAAUACAUUCCACCAGGUGCCACUGACGGUUCCCCACAACCGCUUUUGCCAGCAGGAGGCGCGCCAGGUGGUAAUCCAGGCCUCUAUGAAGUGGUGGCAACAGUUACCGCCACCAUCACGAAUACAGGUGAUGUUUCUGGUGAUGAAGUUGCUCAAUUGUACGUUGCACUUGGUGAUGGUGAACCGCCUAAAGUCUUGCGUGGCUUCGAUCGACUUACCAUCGCACCCGGAGCCUCUGCAACAUUCACGGCUGAAUUGACUCGCAAGGACGUGUCCGUAUGGGACACUGCCUCUCAGAAUUGGGUCCAGGUUGAGAACCCUGUCAUUUACGUCGGUGCUUCCAGCAGAAACCUCCCCCUCUCUGGAACUCUUUCUGGUGGUGGGAGCUCGGGUGGCGGCAAUUCUGGGCCCUCAGGAAAGCCGACCAGUAGCUGGGGUUAUGGACCUCGUCCUACUGUCAGUGGUGGAUGGCCAGUGACUCAGGUAUCCGGUGGCCAACCACAAGCACCUACUGGUAGUGCAGCAGUUACCCAGCUGUCGGACGGCCAACCACAAGCCCCAACCGGAGUGCCAGUUAGCCAGCUAUCGGAUGGGCAGCCCCAGGCGACAACGGGGGCUCCCGUGAGCCAGAUCUCGGAUGGUCAACCACAAGUACCGACUUCGAUGCCAGUGAGCCAGCUGUCGGACGGGCAGCCUCAAGCUCCUACCUCGAAGUGAUGGCUGGACAACAAAAGUCUCUAUGCGAUUGGGUUAUUUUUAACGUAAUGUUUGUUGUUGCAAACGAAAGGCCAUGACUGCGAUGAUGAUAGGAGUGAUAACCAACUGGAAGAUAAGAAGCGAACAAGAAGAACUAGAAGCAAUCAGAACACUCCUUGAAACAGAAGAAACAGCCAUGCCGAUAAGCCGGGAAAGAGGGUUUCGAGAACUUGGGGCUUAGUCAUGCUUGAGGUCUGAGCCAGAACGCUUCAAAAGGGAGGGCCGAUGAUUGCACAUAGCGCAAGAAAAAAAGGCAAUGAUGAUUAAUACCGCAGUACGGAGUAGAAGUCUUGGUGUUCAAGCCGUGUACAGAAUGACUCUGACUCGAGUGUGGUCCUUGAUAUCUCGACAAGUAAGUUAUGAGUACUAGGCUCUGAACGAAUCGGGUCGAUACUGAUAGACCGGCUCGUAGUGUUCAUGAAAU